AAGAAAUCCAAGAUGGCGGAUAACAAUGUAAAUAAAGCAAGCAAAAUUUUUAUAUUUGCCGGUCUUUUUCCGAGUUUAAACUCAGCCACGGAGGAAAACCAUGGGUUGGAAAGAGAACGGAAAGUUUGGAGUGACAUCUGGGCGAACAGUUCGUUCGCCUUUCGCAAGUUCACCAAACUGCUUCCGUGGCGAAGAGAUGGUCCUGAAAUUUACCAGGGGAACAGGAAACUUAUCCGGCGAUGCAUUGCAAGAUUUCCUGAAGGAGAACGAUAUAGACGAUGGUCUUGGAGAUUUCAAUGAGUUUACGACCAGGUUAAUGAGAGUUCAAGGUGUCGACCGCUCCUGCGAUGUUCCUUACUCCCUCAAAAAACGAAAACGAUGGCAACUAGAAGAGAAUGUAAAACGAAUUGAAGAUACCAAGGAAACUGCCCCUAAUGUGACUUUUAUUCACCGACGAGUGGACAGAAACCUCACAGCAGAUUGCUUUGAAGUAGUAAGGGCUAAGGCAGGCGAGGUUUUGCAGCCCAUAAGACGAAAAUAUGCAAAGGCACAAGAUUUGCUUAAGAGAUCUGACAAGGCUGAACUGGAACCAGAGGUUUGCUACGAGAUGACGUAUCGUUAUCCAAGGAAUGAGUAUCCACAGUGUAAAGAAGUCCAACACAGGUGGAGAUAUUACUCAGGUCGGUUUGAUGCUGUCCCUGGCAAGGCAUUGUGCAAGAGCAAGAGUGUGAAGAACAAAGGGCGUCGUUGGGGUCUGUACUCUGAUGCUGACCUUAGAAGUGGACACAUAACAGAAAAGAAACCAGUGCUGCAGCAGAACUCACAGAAAAACACUCCAGGUGGAAAAGUCCAAGUCAUUGAUUCAACUGAGUUUCGUAAAUGUGAUGAUUUUGAAGAGAGUUCUCCCUUUUGUGGAACAUUGGAUCUUGGAUUUUACAUGUUGGAAAGCUCGAAAACUCUGAGGAAACAAACCAAGAAGAACAAGCACAAUCCUGAUCUGACACUUAGCACUAUAAAGGAUGGCUCAAUGAGACAUAACUUAACGUAUGGAAAGAACAGUGUAGUGUACAUCGAACAAGAGCCAGAGGAAAAGUCUUCGGCAGACUUGAGCUCCUCUGCCACUGAAAAGAAAACUGAGGCACCAACAUGCCCGAUGUUUCAACCAGAGAACAAGACACUUGCUACAGUUCCUGUGUAUGUCAGUGACCUGAAACCCAACAGUCUUGAAGAAAAGUGGGGUUGUUUGUACUCUGAAGCAAACAGCUUUCCACGGAAGUUCACUAUUGAUUUAAUGCCUGCACUUUAUGACAGAAAUAAUGAGAAUAUUGAGUUUUGCUUUGUCUUGUUUGAAGUGAUUAGGGAAGCCAGCAGUGCAAUGGUCUCUGUGGAAACCAAUGUUAGUCUGAACAUUGUAGAAGCUGAAGACUCAGACACUUUAAUCUGCGGGGCCAAUGGAAAGUUCUGCUCUGGAUUACAAACACAUGGUAUUCAAGAGGCCUGGAGAGUACAAUAUGUGGUUGACUGUGCGCUAGAGUGCUUACAUUCUCUCGUGCCUUCUCUACAGCUCCCAACUAGAAAAACAACAAGCCAUUGCCAGAAAACAUGGAGGUCUCUUCAAGUGCUAGGCGAUUUGUUUGGAUGGAAAUCUGAGCUUUUUACGCCUAAGCAGAUGAAAACAGAGUUGCUCAAGAAGAUAAAAAAGCAUGAGAAAAGUUUUCUCCAUAAGAAUGACACUGAUCACUGUAUUACGCCUGAUGAUUUCAACACAGUAGAAACACUAGGGAUUUCCGAUUGUGGAAUAUGCUGCAAUGAACUGGGUGAGUAACUUUAUUUAGUUUGAUCAACUAAAUUUUGCUGAAUGAGUGCUUACUGCUAUCCCCUGCAUGCCUUGGGAAAGCUUGAAAAAGGAAAGGAAUGCAUAUGUAGUAUUUACCUGUGCAGGUUCAAGUUAUGUAGUCAAAAUAAAUCCUUUGAGCCUUCAUAACUGGAUGACAAUGGGAUUGGGAAAUCAAAAUAAAUUUAAGACACAUAUUUCUUUUUAAGGACAUGGUUCAGCAUGACCGGGGAAAGGGGGGGUACAAAUGCAUGUUUGGCCUGUAAAAUAGGAUGUAAAAGGGUAAGGGGUUGGAACUUGGGGUAUAGACCUUUGUUAAGUACCCCUUCCCUCUUUCACCCCCCCUUUCCCCCUCAUGACCCAUGCCAAUAUCUUCUGCUUAUAUACCUAACAAUCCAAAAACAUGACAACAACUUAAAAUUAUUUUGAUUACAAUCUCAGUUAAAAUUUAUUGAAAAUAAUGUCACAUAGUUACCCCAGCAUACAUGCAUGUGUCUGAGAGUUACAAUAAUUGAAAAUUGUCACUGCAGAAAAGGGAAAUUUUUUUUCCAUUUUAUGUUGCAACUGCACAUUUACCAAUGGGUGCUGAUGGAUUAUGUAGGUGGCCUCCUGUUAAAUAAACAAAAGAUAAGCUUUUCUAGCUGAGUCAAUAAUGGUAUAAAAGCCAGCUGAGCGUGCAUUGGCAUCUGCAGUUACAAGAAGUAAAAAGGUGUUUUUUUCACUUUUGCCACAUGCACAUUCACCCUAUCACCUUCCCUGAUUGCAGAUUCAGAUACUCAGAUUAUAGAAUCAGGUGGAAUGCUUACCUGUAUUGUUUUACGUUAAUAAUGAUGGCGAUGUUAGUGAUUGGAGGGAUCGGGCUUGGAGUUUGUUACUUCUUUCUGUCUAAAUGGAGGUGUGCUGAGCACUGGGUUCUUUGAGAGACUUUGGAGCCCCUUCGUGCAAGAAGAGGGGAGCCCAUUUAAAAAAAAAUUGUUUAAGUGAGAUCGUGAAACAUGUGCAUGAAGUUUUAUGGUUUAGCACCAUUUUCUUUAUACACUCAGGGAUGUACAUGUAACUAAGGAACAGCUAAGCAGGGUUUUUUUUCCAUUAGUCAAGCCAGCUUUUAUGCUCAACUACACUUUCAAAAUAAUUUACUUCAUGUCUUUGUUUUCCAGAGCAAUCCGAGUUGGCCGUAAGCUCUUUUCCAGCUGCUGAAAUCAGCUAGCAGCCAGCUCUUGGCGACAUCCCUGUUUAUAAUGCACCUCUUUUACCCCAUUUGUCUGGGUAUUAAGCCUUGGGAUGUUGCAUGGGCCUCCAAAUUUGAUGUGUUAGUUGGCGUCCAUUUUUAAAUUUUGAUUAUUGUUAUUAUAAAUUAUUUAAAUUAAUAUUACACAAAGAGUGAAGAAAGUUGAGCUUAGAGCAGUGCUGAAUGAGGUGUAGGGAAGUUUCUGAAGGGAAGUUAAUGCCUAUCUAUUAAGUAACAUUUGUAAAUUUUUUGUAAAUUGCAUAUAGGGUUGUAUUACUAUUUCUAAUCUUUACAACAUUUUUAUUUUUUAUAAUAUCCUUUUAUAGUCCGAUAUUUUUGCUUUUUAUAUUGUAGAUUCCAAUUCAAUUUUCUUUUGUAAGUUUUUAACAGGUGAAGAGCCACUAGGUGGAUUCACUGUUAAUAAACCAUUAUUAUUAUUAUUAUUAUUAUUAUAGGUGGCUUUAAUGAUGAUGAUGAUGAUGAUUAUUAUUAUUAUGUUUAUCAUUAUUAUUAAAAUUUUUAUAAUAAUUAUUAUAUAAUCAUCAUUAUUGGUUGAUGUGUUCUUAAAAUAACGCUGUAAUUUGUUUAACAGGAGAUGAACAAGUAGUUCCAUUUACAGCUCUAAGAGUUUGCCGCCACGUAUUCUGCAAUGAAUGCUGGGAAGCCCACCUCAAGAUGCAAAUCAGCAUUGGAAACACAGAUCUUCAGUGCCCUGGAUACGAGUGUGAUGUCAGCCUUGAUGAAGUCACAGUUAUGGCUCUGAUUCCUUCAUGGUUUAGCAAAUACAUCUCCAGAAGGCUUGACAGAUUGGCAAAUUUUGAGUUUCAAUUUUGUCCAUCCAAGGGCUGUGCACGCACUGUCAGAGCAGCAACUUGUGAUUUCAUUGCCAUGAAAACGAAUCCGGUGCCUGUAGACUGUAGUUGUGGAAGUCUUUGGUGCUUUCAGUGCCGUAGACCUGCCCAUUGGCCUGCGUCCUGCGCUGCUGAUAAGAGAUUCCACGAAGUCAGCAAGAAUUAUCUUAUUGAGAUGGAACUGAACGAAGAAGAGAUGAUAACCUCAGUGAUGGUCAGAAAUUGCCCUAUCUGCCAUUAUCCAAUCGAGAAGCAUCUAGGCUGCAGCUUCAUGUAUUGCAUAAUGUGUCAGACGGCUUUCUGCUGGGAAUGCCUGACACCCAUGUCAAACCACAAGCAAGGCUGUCAGCAGAAAGAACAGUCUAAAGAAAUUGAGCUGGAAGAUUACAGCACCGGUACCAAUCACUUUACGAAAUACUUCACUGUCUACCGUGAAAACAAGAAGGCUCGCUCCAGUAUGACUCUGUCUCGUCAAAGGAAAAGGCUCCGACUUGUUGAGCAAACUAUUGGAAGGUACAAAAGUAUUCUCUCCUCUCACUCAUAUGUUAACCAGACUGUGGACAAAGCCCUUCAGACAAACCUCCAAGAAAUCCUCAGGUAUGGCGUGGAACUAACGUAUGUAGCACGCUUUACACUCGAGGGUGCGGCAAAGGUGGCUGUCAUUUCAAGGUCAGCUUGCCGAUCAGGCUUGCAACAUGACAUGGAACGCCUGCAAUUCAUUGUUGAUAAAAUAGAAGCCUUAAUGGAGAGUGACCUUGAAGGACUUUUGAGAUGUAAUAAUUUGGAUAAAUUAACUGACUUCUUGCUCCGUGGAAAAGACUGCAUUCUUAAAAUUGGAUGGUUCCUGGCUAGAUGGCAAGUAAACUGGAAAGUAAAUUAACUACACAUUUUGCUUCUGAGAGUAGCUAGCUUUCGAUAUGGCUCCAUGUAAGGGAAUCCAAGACAGUCUUCAGGGGCGGAUCUAGGGGGUGGGUGAAGGGGGUGCGCACCCCCUUGAGAUGACCGGCG